AACUAUCAUAAUUAUUAUACAAGAACUGUUAUACCUUUAAGGAAAUCCAAACAUAUCAAACAAAGUUUUCACAGUAAAUUUAAACAAGAAAAAAUACUCAAACAACAGUCUGGUGCUAAAUACAAGAAAAAAAAAGUGUACUUGCAAGCAAGAAAGAAUUUAUAAUUAACAGAAACCCGGAAAAUCACAACAAAUAAUAAAUCUUGGAUCAUAAAAGUUGAAAGUGAUAGUGAAAUUAAGCGUUUUAUGUUUUUUUUUUUUAUUUUUUGCUCCAUUUGAGUAAACAAUCGUCAUUGGCGAUGAUGAUGAUGAUUGCGCCAUGACGAGAGUCGGUGCAUGAGUUUAACGUACGUCACAGUGUGCAUGCGUGUGACAACAAUUUAACGGCGAAGCUCCGAGAACGACAGAACAGCAAAACAAAAAAAAAAAAAUAAAAAUAAACAAGCCAACAUUUAAAUUAAAUAAAAUGAAAUUUAAAUACUUAAUGCCAGAAGUUGCCGUUGCAACGAUAGACCAGCAGCAGCGGCACCAUAGGAAUAAAAAUAAAGUGUCGUGGUCAACGUUCUCAUCGUCUGUGUUUCACAUUCUCGCUUUUGUCACAUGCAUCGCCUUUAUUCCCACCACAAAUGCAAUCAUAGAUAGGUUAGUGGUACAAACGAGUAGCGGGCCCAUUCGGGGAUAUUCCGAUCAUUCGCAUGGCAGGGAAGUGCAUGUCUUCUUGGGAGUUCCCUUUGCCAAGCCGCCCAUUGAUAGUUUGAGGUUUAAGAAGCCCGUUCCGGUAGAGCCGUGGCACGGAGUGCUCGAUGCGACGCGAAUGCCGAAUACGUGUGUGCAGGAAAGAUACGAAUAUUUUCCCGGGUUUGCCGGCGAGGAAAUGUGGAAUCCCAACACGAAUGUCUCCGAGGAUUGUCUCUAUUUGAAUAUUUGGGCGCCCGCAAAGGCACGACUUAGGCAUCAGCGUGGCACAAGUAAGGAGCAGUAUCAUACGCGAACGAACGACGAGGAGGAGAGUAAUCACAAGUUGGCGAUGCUCGUGUGGAUUUAUGGCGGCGGAUACAUGUCCGGGUCGAGCACGUUGGAUAUUUACAAUGCGGCGGCACUUGCGGCAGUCGGAAAUGUGAUUGUGGCGUCGAUGCAGUAUCGCGUGGGCGCAUUUGGCUUCAUGUAUCUCGCGCCCUUGUUGCCGGGCAUGGAAGACGAGGCACCAGGUAACAUGGGAUUAUGGGAUCAAGCACUUGCCAUUCGUUGGUUAAAGGACAAUGCCAAGGCUUUUGGCGGUGAUUCGGAUCUCGUUACACUUUUUGGCGAAUCGGCGGGCGGAAGUGCUGUCAGUUUGCACAUGUUGUCGCCCAUCACGCGUGGCUUGUCAAAACGUGGCAUCUUGCAAUCGGGCACGCUGAAUGCCCCGUGGAGUCACAUGACGGCAGAGCAGGCGGUGCAAAUUGGCAAGGCACUAGUUGAUGAUUGCGGUUGCAAUUCAACGUUGCUCGCGGAACAACCAGCUGCCGUUAUGCAAUGCAUGCAGCAAGUUGACUCGAAGACAAUUUCCGUGCAACAAUGGAACUCGUAUUCGGGCAUUUUGGGUUUUCCCAGUGCGCCAACGAUCGAUGGGGUUUUUAUGCCAAGCGAUCCGAUGACGAUGCUAAAUGAAGCCGACCUUGACGGUAUCGAUAUAUUGGUUGGCAGUAAUCGGGACGAAGGCACCUACUUUUUGCUGUACGACUUUAUUGAUUACUUUGAGAAAGAGGGAUCUACGGCGUUGCCACGUGAAAAAUUUCUGGAAAUAAUAAAUCAAAUAUUUAGUAAAGCAUCCGAACCGGAAAGAGAGGCCAUUCGAUUUAUGUACACAAGCUGGGAAAACAACGACGGCUACCAAAACCAAUACCAAAUUGGCAAAGCUGUGGGCGAUCACUUCUUCAUCUGCCCCACGAACGAGUACAGCAUCGGCAUGGCUGAGCGUGGCGCCAAAGUUCGUUAUUAUUAUUUCACACAUAGAAGCAGCACAAGUUUGUGGGGCGAGUGGAUGGGCGUUUUGCAUGGCGACGAAGUCGAAUACGUGUUUGGGCAUCCAAUUAACGAUACGGCGACGAAACAUCGGCAAAACGAACGGGAUUUGAGUCGAAGGAUUGUGAAGUCUGUCAGUAAUUUCGCGAGAACUGGUAACCCUGCACUCGAUGGUGAACAUUGGCCUCCAUACACAAAGGAUAAUCCAAUUUACUACAUCUGGAACGCCGAAGACGAUAUUAGAGCUGAUCGAUAUGGUCGCGGUCCAAUGUCCGCCGAAUGCGCUUUCUGGAACGAUUAUCUUCCGCGAUUACGUGCAUGGGCCGACACAACGCCCCAAAGUCUUCAGUGCGACAUUACCAGUGAGCCAAUUAACGGAAGUGAUCCCAAUAUGGCAAUGAUGACGUCACAAUCCUCCGUUACUUAUACAUUAUUACUCGCAAGUGCAUACCAAGUUGUUCAACUGUGGUAAAUUAAUUUAAUUUUAAAAAAUUUUUUUUUUUGCAAAAAUAAUUUUUUUACUAAAAAAUAAUAUUUAACACGCUAAAAUAUUUAAGAAAAAACGCUUGCAUAAAUGAUGAAAAAAAAAAUAGUUUAAGAAUUAAAUUAACUCAAAUUAAAAAAAAAAUGGCAAAGCUUUGUUGGAUGUUGUCUCGUAGUGAAAACAUAACGCUUUCCAUGUUUAAAAGCAAACCAAAACAUAUCAAGUAGAACCUUUUUAUUUUUAAUCAUAAUAAAAUAAAAUUAGCAAGUAAGACAUGAACCUGCAACAAAACAUAUCAAAGAAGAAAAAAAUGUAAAAAAAUCGAUUAGAUAGAGAAACCAAAGAAAUACCCCGAAAUGGAAAAAAAGUCUCAACGGCUCUCAAACAAAAUAUGCCUUCAGAACAUUAGAUUUCUACGAGAGACAAGAAAAAAAAGUAUAUAAUAAAACCCCGCAAAAAAAAAAAUUUGUAAGCCUACCAAAAGGCUCUAAAAAGAAUAAAUAUUGAAA